AUGUCAAGCAAAGGUUCAACACCAACGCUUGAAAGUCCGAAUUCAUCAUUUAGAGAAAGACGAAAUUCAACGUCUUCGACAUCAUCAUCAUCGCCAUUUCUAAAUAAUAGUUAUCGAUCACACACCUCACCACUUACACCAAGAGGCGGUGGAAAUAUGCCUGGUAUUCAACUCGAAGAAAUCUCAAGCAGCACCAGUAACCUCAAUCCAGCCGGUUCAACUCAAAACAAUAAUAAUAAUGACAACGACACAAACAAUAACAAUAUAUAUAGAAAACUAAAGAAUAAACUUUUUAAUAGAGAUAAUUUUAAAGGUCAUGCAAGAACUGUAUAUAUAGGAAAUGAAGAGCAAAACAAAACAUCAAAGUUCUGUAACAAUGUUGUAACUACAUCGAAAUACAGUAUUAUAACAUUCUUACCAAAGAAUCUUAUCGAGCAAUUCAGUAGAUUAGCAAAUUUCUAUUUUUUAAUUAUAUCUGCAAUUCAAAUUAUUCCAGGUAUUUCACCUACAGGUCAAUUCACAACGUUGGGACCAUUGUUGGUGGUUCUAGCGAUUACAGCUAUAAAGGAAGCGUAUGAGGAUUUUAGAAGACAUCAGCAGGACGAUCGUGUUAACUAUAGUCGUACGGAGAUUCUGGUGGGCAACAAGUUCAAGGAGAUCUACUGGCGAGAUUUAAAGGUGGGCGAUAUCGUGCGUGUCAGCAACCGACAGUAUAUCCCGGCGGAUAUCGUGGUGCUGGCAACCUCGGAACCACAAUCGAUAUGCUAUGUUGAGACUGCCAAUCUCGACGGUGAGACCAACCUGAAACUGAAGCAAGCGCUGCCUGAAACUGUUGGUCUCAUCGAUGAGGACACUCUCAACUCUUCGACACUCAAUGAAAACACACCGUCGCUCACCGACUUCCAGACCUAUAUAGAGUGUGAACAUCCCAAUAACCGAUUGUACACAUUCAUUGGCUCACUUUACUCGGGUGGAAAGGGACAUCCGUUGUCACCGAAACAGGUGCUUCUGCGUGGCGCGAUGCUGCGUAACACCAAGUGGGUGUAUGGCAGCGUGAUUUACACGGGUCGCGACACCAAGCUGAUGAGAAACAGCAACGAUACGCCAUCGAAGCGAUCGGGUGUCGAGCGAAAAACCAACAUUUUCAUCUUUACCAUCUUUAUAUUUCAGAUACUGCUUUGUAUUGGCUGUGCCAUUGCCAAUACCUCUUGGACCGCGGAGAACAAGACCGCUUGGUAUUUGAUGUGGGAUAUCUCUGCGAGCAAAGGUGGAGCGCUGUCGUUCCUCACGUUUUUGAUUCUCUAUAACAAUCUAAUUCCGAUUUCGCUGUAUGUCUCGAUGGAGUUUGUCAAGGUUUUCCAGGCGAUGUUCAUCAACAACGACAUUCAGAUGUACUAUGCGGACAAUGACACUCCUGCACUCGCCAGAACAUCGAAUCUCAACGAAGAGCUCGGUCAAAUCGAGUACAUCUUUAGUGAUAAAACAGGAACUCUCACACAAAACAAGAUGGAAUUCAAAAAGUGUUCGAUUGCCGGUCUCUCCUAUGGAAAUGGUAGCGGUGAACUGACCGACGCCACCAUUGGAAUGAUGAUGCGUGAAGGAAAGAAUGGACAACAACAACAGCCAGACGAGAAAUCAAUUAACAAUAACAAUGCGGAUCUAGAAGCAGCAGCUGCUAGUAGAACAAGUAGUAAUAGCAGUAUAAACAAUGAUUCCAGUACCAAUAGUAGUAAUAGUAGUUUGGGAGGUGUUAACCAUAACAAUAGCAACAACAACAAUAGCAAUUGUAACAUUCCAAAUUCGAAAUCAACAACUGGUGGCGGUGGUCCAAUACCUUAUCAUGUGGAAUUGAAGAAACAAUUGUCUAGCGCUGAUCCCUAUAGAGUUCAGGCAAUUAGAGAGUUCUUCCAUGUUUUGGCAGUGUGUCACACUGUGAUUCCAGAGGAAGAGAAUGGAAAGAUCUACUAUCAGGCAUCGUCACCCGAUGAGAGUGCAUUGGUCAAUGCAUCCAAAUUGGUGGGAUUCGAUUUCAUUCGUAGAAAUACCAAGUCGGUCACCAUCGUAAACGAUGUAGGCGAAGAAAUGGAAUUCCAGAUUCUCAAUGUUUUGGAGUUCAACUCCACAAGAAAACGUAUGUCUGUGAUAGUUCGUCAUCCAGAUGGCAGACUUUUACUUUAUACCAAGGGUGCUGACACUGCUAUUUUCGAGAGGCUGGCACCUAAUCAACAACAUGCCGAUGCUACCAUUACACAUCUUCAAGAGUUUGCCACUGAGGGUCUGCGGACUUUGUGUGUCGCCUAUCGUGAGCUGGAACCAGCGGUAUAUGAAGCGUGGGCUGCCGACUACUACACUGCAUCCAACACCAUUGUCGGACGUGAAGCUGCUCUCGAUCGUAUGGCCGAGGCAAUCGAGCGACGUCUGCUGCUGCUGGGUGCAACCGCCAUCGAGGAUCGUCUGCAAGUUGUUGUGCCAGAAACCAUUUCCAAGUUGAGAAGUGCCGGUAUCAAAGUUUGGGUGCUCACUGGUGACAAACAAGAGACAGCAAUCAACAUUGGAUUUGCAUGUCAGCUGCUUACUACACAGAUGGAAUUGAUGGUUGUCAACGAAACAACACCGGAGAAUACAUCUUUGGAGUUGACACGUCUUUGGGACGAAUAUAAUAACGUGGCAUCCUCUAUCAAUCGUAAGAAUAUGGCGUUGAUUGUCGAUGGUUCAACACUGGUUUUCAUUCUCGAGAGCAAAGAGAUGUCGUUGGCAUUGCUUCGUAUUGCCUGUCUCUGUAAAGCUGUGAUAGCGUGUCGUGUUUCGCCAGCGCAGAAAGCUCAGAUUGUCGGAUUGGUUCGUGACAAUAUCCGAGUGACAACACUCGCCAUUGGUGAUGGUGCCAACGACGUCUCGAUGAUUCAGCGCGCACACGUUGGUAUUGGAAUCAGUGGUGAAGAAGGUCUACAAGCUGCGCGUUGCUCCGACUACUCUAUUGCACAAUUCCGAUUUUUGGCACGACUUCUUUUGAUCCAUGGACGUUACAGUUAUCGUCGUAUCUCCAAGCUCAUUGUAUAUUGUUUCUACAAGAAUAUCACAUUGUAUAUCACACAGUUUUGGUUCACCAUUUUCAAUGGAUGGUCGGGCCAGACCUUCUAUGAACGUUUCACACUGACUGCCUAUAAUAUCGCAUGGACAUUCUUCUCGAUCAUUGUUUUUGGAAUUCUCGAUAAGGAUGUCAGUGAGGCAGCCGUUAUGGAGAAUCCACAACUCUACCAAACUGGACCGAGAAAUUACUAUUUCAAUUUGCGUGUAUUCUGGGGAUGGGCAGUCAAUGGAUUGUUCCACAGUCUCCUACUAUUUAUAUUCCCAACCUUUAUUUUCUCACAUGGUUUGGCGUACGAGUCGGGUCGUGUCAUUGACUUGUUCUCUGUUGGUACCGUCGCCUACACCUGUAUCGUCAUCACAGUCAACCUCAAGUUGGCACUGGAAAUUCGCUACUGGACUUGGAUUAACCAUCUCACUGUCUGGGGAUCGAUUGGACUUUACAUUCUCUGGCUACUGGUGUUUGGAAAGUUCUGGGAGAUUGAAUCACUCGAUGUUGGAGUAGACCUCUUUGAUAUUGUCUAUCGUAUUGGUCAAUCCUCUUUGUUCUAUCUCUCAAUCAUUUGCGUACCUGUCAUCUGUCUAUGGAGAGAUUUUACAUGGAAAUACUUGUUGAGAACGAAUAUUCCUCGUUCCUACCAUAUCGUACAAGAGCUGCAUCAAAAGAAACCAAAACAAAAAUCACAACAAAAUACCAAUCCAAAGAAACUAUAUACUGGCUAUUCAUUCUCACAAGAACCUGGACAAGCAGAUGUUAUAAAUAAAAAAUAUAGCCAAUAA